UUCAGGAGAAACAAAAUGAUGACGCAAAAUGUUUUACUGAUAAUUUGUUAAUAAUUUUAUACGCAAAUUGCAAUGUGUCAGUAAUUUAAACAAUUAAAUAUCUUCUAGUGAUAAUAAAGUGCUGCAUAUAUUAACAGAUUAAUAUUUUUUUGAAAAUAAGUUACGAUUAAUCAUGCUUCGAGUUUUACUACUGCUUUGUUUGAUAUUUAUUUUUAGAGCAGUUGCUGGUCUAAAAUUGGCAGUCACAAAUAAUGGCCCAGCAGUGCGGGGAUCCAAUGUAACAAUUACAGCUACUGUCAUUGGAUAUAGUGGAGAGGGCUUGAAGUUUGAGUAUUGGGAUAAUGCUGAGCCACAUCACCAAGCUGAGUUUUAUGAAACUUCAAACACAUCACAAUGGACAGUGGAGUACCCUAAAGAUUUGUAUGAAGCUCGAGAGUACACUGUUAGAGUGAACCUUUUGAAGGGUUUUUAUGGCAUAUGGUAUUUGGUCACCACAUCAAGUACUACCUUCGAAUUAACAGAUUCACUAAAUGGACAUUUAGUGCUUAACCAAAACAACUUGGAUAGGCCGAACAACUUCAUAGCUGUCAACAAACCCGUGCAUCAUUACGUAAAAUUACCGGAAAAUGAGAUGGAUUUUCUGAAACAAAACGCUUCAAUAAUAAUUACAUAUUGGUUCAUUGAUUGCAUGUACAUCGACCAAACAACCGAUUUUGCUUUGAACUACACUUAUCAAGAUGUUAUGACUGACCAUUAUAUAGAUGCGCUUGUUGUUGCAAACAACGAACCGCUUCCACCAAUCACGACAACAACGACAACCACAACCACUACAACAACAACAACAACAACGACGUCAACGACGACUUCGACGACAACAACUUCAACAACACCUAAACCGACAACUUCGGUCCCAACAACAACAUCCCCAAAAGAUAAUGUGACAACCAAUGCACCACAUAGUGUAGCAAAAAGGGCAGCUUCUAAUGAAACCUUGAAGAAAAAUAAUGCAAUCAAGGAUUUUAUAUGCCACAACUCGAGUAUAGUGCCCAUCGGAGAUAGCUACACAUAUGGCCAUUAUCAACAAACUGUUAGCGUCAGAGAACCCAUAUCAUCACUCAACAUAACAGGUCUAAACUGGCUUCAGCACGGGGACCUACUAAAACUGCUGGUUAAAUACACCGGAUCGCCGCCUUUCGACUAUUGCACACUCUAUAUACCAGGGCAAUAUAACGUGACAGGAAACGAGACUUGCACAGUGAAAACCACAACCGAGACCAAUGUGAUCCCCUUGGUACACUACUUCUCUGACAGCGACCAACACACUGUGGUCGUUGUUAUAGAGAAUGUCAUUGGAAAGACCGUAUCGAGGGCCACUAUCAACAUUUACAAAGCAUCCGUCCAUGCGCAACUGUCAGUCAUCGUAGUGCCCGUGGCGUUUUGCCUGGUCGCCGUCAUCUUGGUGGUGUUCGGCAUCGCCUACUAUCAGCACCGCUCUAGAUAUACAGUGGAAGUAGCAGACUUCGAUUUUGGACAACAACUUCACUUGGAUUAUAAAACAUUCACUGAACGCCUUAGAGAUAGUUUUCGGAACGCGUUAAACUUUAGACAUCGCGAUGACACCGAACCCCUGACGUCGGAUACUAGAUACGACUCUAUGACAUAAGAAACGCAUAAUUUAACACCCACAAAUUUGAAGCAGUGGGCUUGUAAUCAAAUAUUCAAUUUCAUUUGACUUAACACGCGUGAUGGGCUUUGACGUCAAGUGGUAUGUUGAAUGAAAAAAUGUCCAUUUAAAGUAUCCUAUGAAUUUACAAUUUAUAAUUGUCGCACGAAAACGUUUGCCAUUGGGAAUAUUGACAAACAUCUUAAAACCGCGCAGAAGUACUACUUUAUUUGAAUGAGUGGUUAUGUACAAAUGUUAGGUAUGCUGGUAUUUACAUAAAGUAUUGAAUUAGGUACUAAUUCGGCUCUACACAAAUUAAAUAAUGAACUAAAUUGACAGGAGUUCAAAGUGAUUUCUGCGAAAAAUGAUUUCAAAACAUUUUGACGUUUGAAACUUUUCUUGAAUAUUAAUUUUUAAGAGUUUCCGGCGACCUAAACAUCCAGUAUCCAGCAAAACCUAUAGUUUAUUAUAAAAGUUAACAUUUUACGGCUAAUCUUAAUUUACAUUCCGGUUUAGUUAUACUAGAAUUUUCGAAGGAAUAUUCUCAUUGGCUGACAUGUUCGUGCAAGUGGUAUUUAAGGGACAAAUAAAACGCAGCCUUUGCGUUAAUUGCUAAGUAUUAUUUCACUAAACAAUUCCAUUAUUCAUAUAUGCCCAGUUUGUAAGUGCAUACGUAAAAAGGUUAUAUUGCACCGCCAUUCUAUAAACGUCACAUUGGUAUGUUUAUUUUUAAAUGUAAUCUUAUUUCUUGGCUUUUAAAGGAACAUUUGAAUAAAAAUUUUGUGGCAUGAUUUUUUUAAAAGAAUUUAUUAACCAUAUUGGGUACAAUUCAUUUGGUAUUUGUAAAAAAAAAAUGGAAUUUUGGUUGUACUCCAAUCUCACACUUAAAUUUUGACAGCCCCAAAAAAUUAGUGCUGUUCUCUUGCACACUUGCCAAUUUAGUUAUGAGAUUUGGUUACAACUGGUAGGACAAUGAAUUUAACAAAAAAAGAUGAACCAAAGUUCUUUUUUCAAAAUUCUUUCGAGCGUUCUUGGACUUGCUUAUAAUAUGCACAAAACAUACAAAUGUUUUAUUGAAAGCGAUGUUUUUUUUCCAUGUGAAUAUGUAUAGCACAUAAUGUAAUGAAAUCAUUCCAAUACUACCUUAUGCUCUUUGAAAACUAUGCGAUUGGUAAUAAUUAAGCAAUUGAUUAAAUCUACAAAAAUAUUUUGUGAGCGAUAAGCGAGACAGAUUUUCUUUUAAUUCGACUUUAAGGUGACCAAAUUCCUCUAUCUUUAAUAGUUUAAGCUAACUGAUCGCAAAACAUUAGUAAAUGUCCACAACCGGUGUACUGUAGGUCCUACCUACCCCUAGCAACAAGCGUAGUUUACAAAUUAGAAUUUUAUUUACCCAUUUUGGUUAAUGCAUACAAAAUAUUAAAGAA